AUGAAUGACAUCAAAGUCUCACAAUCGUUAUCAGUUAUCCAAGCUACAACGACAAAUAAAAUGAAGUGGAUUAGUAAAAUUGCUUAUGGAACGGGUCAAAUGCUUAAAGAUCUUGUUUUGGGAUUUAUCUGUAUAUUCUACAUCAUAUUCUAUGAAGGUUGUAUCAGUUUGAGUAGUUCACAAGUUGGGGCAUUAUUACUGUGUGGUCAGAUUGCUAAUGGAUUAGCCACACCAUUGAUUGGUUAUUUAUCAGAUCGUCCACUCGGUCUAACUGAAAAACCGACAACUGUUCACCAGUCGAUAACGUGUGAAGAUGGAAGUGUAAAGAAGGAUAAGAGGUUGUUCAAUCGAAUGAAACGACAGUUGAGACUUGGACAGAGAAAGUCAUGGCAUUUAGGUGGAUGUUUAUUGAUGCUUAUUGCCUUUCCGUUGAUGUUCGGACAACCGGAAUAUUUUGUUGGUCUUCCAAUUGUGGUGAAGUUAUUGAUCAAUGGCAUGUUUAUGAUUUGUGUUCAGCCUACAUACUAUAAUGCUAAGAAUACCACAGGAACUAAUAUUACUGUACUUGGGGAAAUGCAGCUACCUCUCACAUUGGGUGAUAAGACUAACGCCGGCAUAUGUUAUAUUUCUGGAAACUGUUAUACUACCAUAUUAGGUAUUGAUUGGAUAGAUAAAUUUGAUUUUUGGUGUCUACCGUUGAGUACACCGAAAGUAGAAGCCCAGCCAUGGCCAGAGACGAACAAGUCUUGGGUUCGAGUACACCUCGAUUAUGCUGGACCAAUAAACGGGCAAUACUUUUUGGUGGUGGUGGUGGACUCAUACUCUAAAUGGCCUGAAAUCUAUGCUGUAUGA